GCCACCGCCCAGCCUGCGCCCGCCGUCCCUCUCUUGCUUGGGCACCUGUUGGAGGCACAGAGACAGCCAGGGGUCCUGCAUGAGGGGCCGCAGGAGCGACCGCAUGACCAUCAACAUCCAGGAGCACAUGGCCAUCAACGUGUGCCCUGGGCCCAUCCGGCCCAUCCGCCAGAUCUCCGACUACUUCCCCCGCCGGGGACCAGGACCUGAAGGGGGCGGAGGGGGCUUCGGGGAGGCUCCUGCUGGUCUGGCGCCACUAGCCCUGGCUCCCCCUGCAGCCCUCCUAGGGGCCACCACACCUGAGGAGGGCGCUGAGGUGGACAGCUAUGACUCGGAUGAUACUACCGCCCUGGGCACACUGGAGUUUGAUCUUCUCUACGACCAGGCCUCCUGCACACUGCACUGUAGUAUCCUCAGGGCCAAGGGCCUCAAGCCCAUGGAUUUCAAUGGCCUGGCCGACCCUUAUGUCAAGCUGCACUUGCUGCCUGGAGCCUGCAAGGCCAAUAAGCUGAAAACUAAGACUCAGAGGAACACGCUGAAUCCCGUGUGGAACGAGGACCUGACAUACAGCGGAAUUACAGAUGACGACAUCACUCACAAGGUGCUCAGGAUCUCUGUCUGUGACGAGGACAAGCUAAGCCACAAUGAGUUUAUUGGGGAGAUCCGCGUACCCCUCCGCCGCCUCAAGCCUUCACAGAAGAAGCAUUUUAACAUCUGCCUGGAGCGCCAGGUCCCGCUGGCUUCACCCUCUUCCAUGUCGGCGGCACUGAGGGGCAUCUCCUGUUACCUGAAGGAGCUCGAACAGGUGGAGCAGGGGCCCGGGCUGCUGGAAGAGCGCGGGCGCAUCCUGCUGAGCCUCAGCUACAGCUCGCAGCGCAGGGGGCUGCUGGUGGGCAUCGUGCGCUGUGCUCACCUGGCUGCCAUGGAUGUCAACGGCUACUCCGACCCCUACGUCAAGACGUACUUGAGGCCAGAUGUGGAUAAAAAGUCCAAGCAUAAAACAUGUGUGAAGAAGAAGACUCUGAACCCAGAAUUUAAUGAGGAGUUUUUCUAUGAGAUGGAGCUCUCCGCCCUAGCCACGAAGACCCUGGAAGUCACAGUCUGGGACUAUGACAUAGGCAAAUCCAAUGACUUCAUCGGCGGCGUCUCUCUGGGGCCCGGCGCCCAGGGCGAGGCCCGGAAGCACUGGAGCGAGUGUCUGCAGCAGCUGGACACAGCCCUGGAGCGCUGGCACACCUUGACCAACGAGCUGCCCGCUGCGGCUGGGGCAUUCCCCUCAGCCUGAGCAGUGGACAGCUGCCCGGCACAGGCCCUGACCCGCAGGGCCGGGUCCAGUACCCAACCUUCGCACGAGUGUGUUGCACGUUUACACGGGGUCGAUGCCCCACCCUGCACUACCUGUCUUAUUUCGUGAGAGUCUCUGUGACCGUGGGUCUGUCUUCUUGUGAGGGACGUGGAGAUCUAUAUUCACAUAUGCAAACCUACUCCUGCCUGACUUGCUACUACACGUGAAAUAUGCAACAAACCACCUGCCCUGUGCACCCUGCAGGGGUCCUGCCAGCGCCCCACCCCAGGCCCCGCCGCUGCUGCUCUCUCCUGCCUCUCCAGGCUGCCCGUCUCCCCUCCCCCACAG